AUGAUUUUCCCGGUUAUUUUCUUCCUCCUUUACGCAACGCAUCGCGUCCAGUCGGAGGACCUAGGUGAUUCAUGCACAACGAAAAGCGGUGCUUCUGGGGUCUGUAAAUUGCUGAACAACUGCGACGUCGUAUUCCAGCAAUUGGUGGCUGGCAUUGAGCCGGAUUCAAUCUGCGGGUAUAAAGGUCAUGAACCAAUCGUUUGCUGUUCAAAUAGCCGACCAGAAACCACGCAGCCAAAUCCGAUUGUCUCUCGGGAUCCGGUCGGUGACGGACGAGGUGCAAUUGCGAGACAGAAAUGCGCUGAAUAUGUCAAAUACACUCACGAACUGCGUCGGAACGUAAAUGGACAAAAUGUGAAUAUAUCUGUUUGCGCGAUCAAGUCCCAAAAGUUGAUUGUGGGAGGAACAAGGGCCGAGCGUAAAGAGUUCCCCCACAUGGCAGCGAUUGGUUACGAUUUGGAAAACGGAAAAGUUGGCUGGUUCUGCGGAGGCACCCUGAUAUCCGAGAAUUUCGUCCUGACAGCGGCCCACUGCUCCAGUUCAUCCGUUCGGGGCCCCGCGAAAUGGGUGCGAGUUGGCGAUUUGAACCUGGAGCGUUCGGACGACGGGGCGAAACCGGAGGAUCGUCGUAUCGCCGAGAGGAUCAGACACCCUGAGUACAAGAGUCCUUUGCAAUACCACGACAUCGCGCUUCUUCGUCUCGAGUCCAGGGUGCCUUUCAACGCUUGGAUCAGACCGGCUUGUCUGCACACCUCACCUGCCACUGGGACUACGAAAGCCAUAGCGGCAGGAUGGGGGCGUGUUGAUUGGUUCGACGACGAAGGCUCGAGUGAUCUUCUAAAAGUUACGCUUCCCCUUAUCGAUCAGCAAACUUGCAAUGCGAGCUGGGUAGCUAGCGGGGGUAUCGACAAGCUUCCCAAUGGAGUAGUGGGCGAUUGGUCGAUGUGUGCUAGAGAAGACGGCCGCGACACGUGCCAGGGUGAUAGUGGAGGCCCUCUCAUGAUAUACAGUAGCAAGGAUUAUUACUGCAUGUACGAUGUCGUCGGAGUCACGAGUUUAGGACAACUCUGCGGAAGUAUAAUUCCCGGGAUUUACGCACGCGUUUAUCACUACGUUCCGUGGAUAGAGUCCAUUGUGUGGGGACGAGGCUAA